GAUCAUGGAAUUGGAUCGUCACGUAAGAGAGUACUUGGACAGUAACCGUUUUGUAAAAUGGCGUUUACAAGAUUUAAAACAACAUGUAUCUGAAUCAGAGUCGAAUUACAGUGAUGAGGAAAUUUCUAGAGUUGCUUGCC